CGUCGGUGACACAUCGGAUGUCAGGUGAGAGUGCAAUCCUAGUCAGCAAACUUCGUCCCCUACAUAAACCCACUAAUUUUCUUUUGGAUUCACAAAAAGCACUUAAACAGGGUAUCAAUCAAUCAGAAAACACACGCCAUACACAGAAGCACACAAAGUAUUUUACAUUCCCGUUGGCGAUAUUGAGCUCGCCGGAAAAUGUGUAUUCCGGCAGCCGAUUCUGAUUCCUUACUCCAUGAAUACUGUCCUCUUGCCUCCUUUCAUCACAGACACGUUUUACAUGAAAAGUCCUAACCAACUCAUCUGACAAAAGAACUUAUUCCUGUUUAUAGAAAAUCUGAGAACAGAGGACUUUUAUUUUUCAUUUUCAGUAUAUAUUAGAUUUUAAUUUACUGGAAAUUUUGUUCGAUCUGUGAGAGAUGAUGAAGAUAAGAGAGAAAAAGCAGAAUUGGAAGCAUUGAUAUUGGGGAUUUUUUUCACUUUAGUCUUGAGUACUUGCUUUUGAAACGUUUUUCCGAGUUUUUGAUUACUUGACACGAAAAGCAAGUACUGUAGUUAUUAAGAGCUCUGAGAAUUCAACUGACAUAACAGGGAAUAUAAUUAAGCACGGUGAGAUUGUAGAAAAUGCCUUUUCCAAUGAGAAUUCAACCGAUCGAUUCGCAAGUAUACAGAGAGUCGUCCAUACGGAACGACACAGUGAAGCCACCUGUAUUUAAGUCGAGGCUAAAGCGACUUUUCGAUCGGCCUUUUAACAGUGUUAGGAUUUCGAUGACCGAGAAGCCAGCCGCCGGCGGUGAAGCCGCAGUCCCGGAGUUUGAGCCGAGCUCAGUUUUGCUAGACAAAAUGGUUCAAAGUUUCAUUGAAGAUACCCAAGAGAAGCAAUCAGCGGCGGCGGCAUCUGCCAAGUAUGGCCGCAACCGCUGCAAUUGCUUCAACGCUAACGGCAAUAACAGUUCCGACGAUGAAUUUGAUUCUUUCUUUGACUCCACAACAAACUCUUCCUUUAACGACCCUUCUGAUACGCUCAAGAGUUUGGUACCUUGCGCGAGUGUUGUGGAGAGGAAUCUGCUAGCCGACCUUUCGAAAAUUGUGGAAAAGAAUAAAACUUGUAAGCGCAAAGACGAUUUGAGGAAAAUCGUCACCGAUGGUCUUGUUUCUCUUGGUUACAACGCCUCCAUUUGCAAAUCCAAAUGGGAAAAGUCUUCCUCCAUUCCAGCUGGCGAGUAUAUUUAUAUUGAUGUAAUAGCGGAAGGAGAGAGGCUGAUAAUCGACAUAGAUUUACGAUCGGAGUUCGAAAUAGCUCGGUCAACAAGCAGUUACAAGGGGAUUCUACAAUCUCUACCGAAUAUUUUCGUCGGUAAACCCGACCGGCUUCUCCAAAUUGUUUCAAUUGUGUCGGAGGCCGCCCGGCAGAGCCUUAAGAAGAAAGGCAUGCAUAUCGCGCCGUGGCGUAGGACCGAGUACAUGAAAUCCAAAUGGUUCAGUCCUUACACCCGAAUUAAGCAGAAACUCCUCCCAAACGACGUCGUUGAGAUGUCGACCGGCGCCGGGGGUAAAUACGAACCGGAGGAAAAGGAUGUCAACGAUGAUGCAGUGGCUACGGAGGAGGUUUUGGAAGGUGAGUUUGGGGAACUGGAUUUGAUUUUUGGAGAGACUGAUUUUGAGGAACCCAAAUUGCCUUCAACUCCAGCGAAAGUUUCCGGCGAGGAGGAAAAGCUAUAUUGCCCGCCGGUGAUGACUUGGCAGAUUCCGGUGGUUAAACCCAAGAUUUCCGACGCCGGAAACAAGAGCUUCAAAACCCAUUUCAAUCCAAGGCGGAGGCUUCAGAAUCCGGGAUCAACUCGGUUUUCAAUCCAAUCCAGGGUCGAGGACCAGCUUCAGAACCCGGGAUUAACUCAAGUUUCAAUCCAGGGCCGAGGUGGUCCUUGGCCCUUGAUCUUCAAUGAUGCGGGCCCCGCACGAUUCACAUCGAGGUCCGAGGUUUUGCCACCUCGACCCCUGACUCCAAACCCGAGAUUUUAUCCCUGUUUGAGCAGCAAUUUUCUUUUAUAAUUGGUUAAAAUUAAUCAAUUGUCGAUGGUCGAUAUCAUUUUCACAUACAAUAAUGCUUGUCAUUCGUAGUACUACUA